UUUUGUGUUCCAAAUAAAAUUUCAUUUUUCCUUUUCCACUUGUCUCUCUCUCUCUCCUAAAACCCUUCUCUGUUUCAUUGUUCCACCGCCAUCCCUAAAAUUUACAAUCUCACUGCAAUUUUCAUAGCAAAAACCCUAAAUUCAGCUAUGGUGUUGAGUAGAAUCUCAUCUCGAUUCUCAAGGAAUAUGUUGACACAGUGCCGCAACUCGCUGCUCCUUUAUUAUCGACAGAGUCAACAGCACCAUGUGCCCAUACUUUCAUGUCAGUUUCAUUCAAUUCGCAAUAUAAGAGAAAAGGUGUCUCUAGUACCUGAAUCCGCCUUGCAACGGUUUGGAAUCUCAUCAUCUGCGUCCCCCCAACCUGAUGAAAAAGAAACAUCUCAGUCCCAAGGUGGAGGAGGAAGCGGAGCAGAGAAAGCUUCAGCUUCUGCUGAUUCUAACGUUCAGGAUGAGAAGAAAGAAUCAGAUUUGGAUUUGGAGGACCUUUCCAGGGAUGACCUGGUGAAAUGUGUGAUUGAGAAGGAAGAACUCCUAAAGAUGAAACAUGAGGAGUUUCAGAAAAUGCAGGAUAAGGUUCUUCGAACUUAUGCAGAGAUGGAGAAUGUCAUGGAGAGAACUAGACGAGAAGCAGAAAAUACUAAGAAGUUUGCCAUUCAGAAUUUUGUGAAAGCCCUUCUAGAUGUUUCUGAUAAUCUGGGCAGGGCUUCUUCCGUUGUAAAAGAGAGCUUUUCCAAAAUUGACGUAUCUAAAGACACAACUGGUGCCGUGCCACUUCUGAAGACACUUCUGGAAGGUGUUGAAAUGACUGAUAAACAGCUGGCAGAGGUAUUCAAAAAAUUUGGUGUUGAAAAAAUUGAUCCUACAAAUGAAGAAUUUGACCCAAAUAAGCAUAAUGCAGUAUUUCAAGUACCUGAUCCUGAAAAGGCUCCCGGAAUGAUUGCUGUUUGUCUUAAGCCAGGGUACUCCUUGCAUGGCCGAAUUAUCCGACCUGCUGAAGUUGGUGUGACAGUAGCCGUGGAGGGUACAGGGAAUUGAUCAAACUACCAACUCCCAAAUUGGUGGCUCACUAAUGUUUUAGAGCGCAUGCAGUUCUAAAAAUCAGAACAUUUUGAUCUUAGGCGAUUUGAGCUCUACAUUCUCUUUCAGGGAAGGUGUUCAUUGUGCAGAUGUUAAAGCUAUAGGUUCAAUGCUCUUUUUUGCCCUUUAUUUAGAGUUGUGUUAAAAUCAAAACAAUCAGAACCCUCUGAUUCAUAAGGCUAUUCUUAUUGUGGGGUAGACACUUCCCCUCUCCACUUCCUUACCAAUACGCAAGUGUUGUUAUAUGUUUUGUACUUUUAAGUGAGGAUUUAACUUAUUCUGCUUGAGAGACGGAUCGCUUUGGUCAUUGCUAAACCGUAUCUCUGAGUGAAAGAAGUCGGUAUUAUUUUUUCAGCUACAGUGAAAAUAAAGAACAUACUUUCAGUA